UCGCGACAGUCCGGAAGAAGAAGCGGCCGCGCAGGGGGCCGGGAAGAGAAGCGCCGGUUCUGCCGCGGGGAAGGGGCGCCGCCGGCAUGGACGUCGGGGAGCUGCUCAGCUACCAGCCAAACAGAGGGACAAAACGGCCUCGUGAAGAUGAGGAAGAUGACCUCAAAGUGCGGCACAAGCAGGGUGGUGCGCGGGAGCGUGGCCGUCACCGGGAAGAGGAGGCACCUGUGAUGGAGGAGACAGAGGACGAGAGGAAGAAGGUCCUUCAUAUCAUUGAGAAGGGCGAGGAGGAAGAGGAAGAGGAGGAACCUCUGGACGAAAGCUCCGUGAAGAAGAUGAUCCUGACUUUUGAGAAGAGGUCUUACAAGAACCAGGAACUCCGGAUCAAGUUCCCUGAUAACCCAGAGAAGUUCAUGGAGUCUGAGCUGGAUCUCAACGACAUCAUCCAGGAGAUGCACGUCAUCGCGACCAUGCCGGACCUGUACCACCUGCUGGUGGAGCUCAACGCCGUGCACUCCCUCCUUGGACUGCUUGGCCACGACAACACCGAUGUGUCUAUAGCUGUGGUGGAUCUUCUGCAGGAGCUUACAGACAUCGACACCCUCCAUGAAAGUGAGGAAGGAGCUGAGGUCCUCAUAGACGCGCUGGUUGACGGGCAGGUGGUUGCCUUGCUGGUCCAGAAUCUGGAGCGCUUGGAUGAAAGUGUCAAGGAGGAGGCAGAUGGUGUCCAUAACACUCUGGCUAUCAUUGAGAACAUGGCAGAGUUCCGGCCAGAGAUGUGCUCAGACGCUGCCCAGCAAGGCCUCAUGCAGUGGCUCCUCAAGAGGCUGAAGGCCAAGAUGCCGUUUGACGCCAACAAGCUCUACUGCAGCGAGGUCCUGGCCAUCCUCCUCCAGAAUAAGGACGACAACAGGGAAUUGCUCGGGGAACUGGAUGGAAUCGAUGUGCUGCUUCAGCAGUUAUCUGUGUUCAAGCGCCACAACCCCGGUGCAGCAGAAGAGCAGGAGAUGAUGGAGAACCUCUUUGACUCCCUUUGCUCCUCGCUGAUGCUGAGCUCCAACCGGGACCGUUUCCUGAAGGGGGAGGGGCUGCAGCUGAUGAACCUCAUGCUCAGAGAGAAGAAAAUCUCCAGGAGCAGUGCCCUGAAGGUUUUGGACCAUGCUAUGAUUGGGCCCGAGGGAGCAGACAACUGCCACAAGUUUGUUGACAUCCUCGGCCUUCGGACCAUCUUUCCGCUCUUCAUGAAGUCCCCCAAGAAAAUAAAGAAGGUUGGGACCUCCGAGAAGGAGCACGAAGAGCACAUCUGCUCCAUCUUAGCCUCCCUCCUGAGGAAUCUGAGGGGACAGCAGAGAACUCGGCUGCUCAACAAGUUCACGGAGAACGACAGCGAGAAGGUUGACAGACUGAUGGAGUUAUAUUUCAAGUACCUGGAUGCAAUGCAAGCAGCUGAUAAGAAGAUUGAAGGAGAAAAGCAUGACAUGGUCCGCCGGGGAGAGAUCAUUGAUGACGACAUGGAGGAUGAGUUCUACCUCCGCCGCCUGGACGCCGGCCUCUUUGUCCUCCAGCUCAUCUGCUACAUCAUGGCAGAGAUCUGCAAUGCCAGCAUUCCCCAGAUUCGUCAGCGAGUCCAUCAGAUCCUAAACAUGAGGGGAAGCUCCAUCAAAAUAGUUCGGCACAUCAUUAAAGAGUAUGCGGAGAACAUCGGGGAUGGGAAGAACCCCGAAUUCCGGGAGAGCGAGCAGAAGCGGAUUGUGGAGCUGCUGGAGAAUUUCUGAGGGUCCCACACUCAGCUGCAAGACCACCCCUUUCAGGACCCCGUGACCUUGUGCUGCAACUCUGGAACCACAAAAAGGACUUGCUGUGGAGGAAAGAAGCCUCCGGGCGGCUUUUUGAGAUAUUAAAGAUAUUUUGUUUGGGUUUUUUU